AUGACAAUGGCGGCCGGAAGAGAUCAGAGGGUCGAAGGGGUGAGGCAGUACAACAGGUCCAGGGUGCCUCGACUGAGAUGGACGCCCGACCUCCACCGCUGCUUCGUCCAUGCCAUACACACUCUUGGAGGCCAGUACAGGGCUACACCUAAGAGAGUUUUGCAGCUGAUGGGGGUGGCAGGGCUCACCAUAUCUCAUGUCAAGAGCCAUCUACAGAUGUACAGGAACAUGAGGGGUAAUGAUCUUGACAUGAUGCAAGGCAUUCAGCAAAUGGAUCAGGAGCACACAUUCGCAGGAGGAGGCAUGGAAGUUUGGACAGAUAUGCAGCAAGUUCAUCAUCAUAGUGAGUACUGUGAUGGACCCUAUUGCAGGUGCCACUCUACAAAGCAUACAAAGGGGUCACUGCUCCACCACCCCCAACUGAAAAGGCCAUCCGAGAUGGAGACCGCACACGAGUCAGGAGCGAGCCCACAGAAAAACUUGGUCAUCAGGGGCCAAGGAAUAUGCGAGAGGGACGUGACCUCGGGCACGUACGUUCUCGCCGCUGCAGGCCAAGCAUACUACUACUCCCACUGCAUGCAGACGACGACGACGACGCACGAGCAGGGCCACCACCUGCCGCCGCGCUCCCGGACAUGGCAGCGCACACCUGCAGCAGGCGGUGGUGGCGAACAAUCCGCUUGCCCCGGCUGCACGCCCGCGCCGCGGGAGCGGGAGCGGGACCUCGCCGCGCCAAGGCGUGGUGCUGGUGGUGACCUCGCACCCUACUGCGAGGAGCGGAGCGGCGAGCUAGUCCAUGGCCACCACGGUGUCGCGCCGGCCAGCCACGGGAGGCCGAGGGGCACGGCGGCGGAGCGGACCGACGGCGAGCCGUCUCUGUCGUUGACGCUGGAGCUGGACUCGGGGCGCCUCGGCGGGAGCGGCGCGGGGCAGUGCCGCACCGACGUCAGCGAGCAGGGCAGCUUCCUGACGUCGUCGGCGGCGAGUCUUUGCGGCUCCUGCUCGGGGCGGCGCCGCGGCGGUGUUAGCCUGGACCUGUCCCUUUCGCUGUACAACUGA